AUGGCAGGCAGAACAGUUAACGCUGUGUCUAUGGGCAUUGAGAUCAACAACGUACCUAUGUACAUGUCAGAACUCUCACCCCCGGCUAUUCGUGGAUCUUUAGUCAACAUGUUUUCUUGGUGGGAGAUGGUCGGCGUUCUCAUCGCGAAGGGUAUCGUCUUCGGGUCUGUGCAAGCACAUCCACAUGACCAGUGGUCAUGGAGAAUUGUCCUGUUGGUUCAAAUGGUCGUUCCUCUCAUCAUGCUAGUUGUUGUCUGGUUUGUGCCAGAAUCACCCCGCUGGUUGGUGAAACGUAAUCGCCACGAGAGCGCUCAUAAAGCUCUUAGUUACAUCAGAUACGGAGUGUCUACUGCCGAGGAAGUCAGCGAAGAGCUCUCUUUGAUUGAGGAAGCGGUCCGCGAACAGGCUGAGCUCCACAAAGCAACCUCCUAUCUCGAUUGUCUGAAGGGAUCCAAUGGUCGCCGAACAAUGAUUGCAGUCGGAGUCCAAGUCUUGCAGCAGCUUUCAGGAAAUGCCUUCAUGCUUUCUUACUCUGUCAUUUUCAUGUAUCAGGUUGGUGUCACCGACCCCCUAGCGUCUUCGAUGGCUAGGACUGCCAUGGCCAUUGGAGGCUCGCUUUUCGCCUUCUACCUGGCAGACAAGAUUGGCCGCCGAAUACUCAUGAUUGUCUCCGCAGCUGGAAUGUGGAUUUCAUUCUGGAUUGUUGCUGGCAUAUCCGCUUACACAAAAGUGGAGAACAACUCCGUCGCGGCUUUCCUCCUGGCCCUCCUCCUGAUCUGGUCUUUUCUGGGGAAUCUCGGCUGGGCAUCAUGUGUUUGGAUCGUUACCGCAGAAGUACCUACACUUCAACUCAGGGAGAAAACCAUCAGCAUCGCCUCAUCCAUCAGUUUUAUCGUUGUGCUUCUCGUCAGCUAUAUCAACCCAUACAUCCAAAAUGAACCGAGUAACCUUGGUGUAAAGGUUGGCUUCAUUUAUGGCUCUUUCUCACUCAUUGCCAUAUUCUUCACCUAUUUCUUUGUUCCUGAAUGCGCAAACCGCAGUUUGGAGGAAUUGGAUGAAAUGUUCCAGGAUAAUGUACCUGCCUGGAAGUUCAAGGACUAUGUCUGCCACGGCGUUGGUGCUAGAAUUACGGAGAUCGAAGAUCACAACCUUGGACCUCGUACGUAUCUUGAGGGAAAGGUUGUCAGUGGCGGAGGUGACGUAGAGAGUCAGCCGCAAAAGAAGGCUUAA